AUGGAGGUAUACGGUAAAAAGGUUCCACUCAGCGUUGUUCUAUUCGUGUUUUUGCUGUUUUAUUGCAUUAUGCAGCAACUGCCAACCAAAGUACGCGGCGUGUUUAUUGCCACGGUGGUGCUUGCUUUCCUUGGGACUGUUUUGGUUUGGAGUGGGUUGGACGACCACGUGCCGUUUGUUCGCAGGCGCAUUGCGGAAUCCCGCUCCAGCAAGAGAACUGAGAAAGAGAAGAAGCAUGGCCAUCAUCAUCAUCAUCGUGGCAGUAAUGGAGAAUCGCAGGAACAGCCGGGAGAGCAACCGAAGCCGCAAGACACUGACCCGCACCGCACCCCGCGGGGUGAGGGACAGGGAGUGACGGAGACAUCGACGUCGCAGCACUCGGGAUCUCCCGAACCUAGGAGUCAGCAAAGCACCCCUGGUGGAUCUAAUCGGCGCAUUAUAAUAAAGGUGCCGACGGAACUCCGCAGCUCCAUCCAUUCAAGCUUAUCGCCCUGCAGGGAAACUGAAACUGAUGACCAUAAUUAG